GAGGCAAGUGGGCCUCACCGCCACUGCGAAUUUCUCGAACUAGUGUUAAUUUCCUGAUGCACCUCCUCGGUGUGAUGGGAGAAGGAAUUCGAGGAGCCCUGGCUCCCGGCCUCAAGCACGUCACCACAGGAACUCUCAAAGUGGACCAAGCAUUCGUAACGUGCUGCCUCGAUGCCUUCACCGAUCAACCUCACCUAUACGGAGGUUCACCAGAAUUGAAAGAACAUUACCAUUAUCUACAGCUGAUCGCGAAGCAUUGUUCUGACAGAGUCGCUGCUGUGCGUUCAGUCGACCUCGGGAGUAUCUGGUCUUUGCUCUGUAAAAUGGUAUCGGGAACCACCCACCACGACGAUGUCUCCUCGUUUGCGAUUUUCGCUGUAUCGUUUCCAUAGCAGGCUCUCUCAUUCGUCUGGGACGUGACAUAGUUAUACGUACGCUCCCGCAUCUAGCAUUCGUCUUACAUCGGCUGCUGCUGA